AUGUUGCCUGAUGAUGCACCUGGGCUCGAGACUGUGACUGAGGAUCCCAUGAAUCCCAACAGCAUUUUGAUUGCACUCCUCGCUCUCAAUGGCUGCUGCGUCAAAUCCGGCGAAGGCUGCAUCCCUGACGAACCCUACGACUACGAGGAUGACGCGAGACGAGGCUCAAUUCGAGAAUCCCAUGACUACCUCCACAGCGACCACCAAGCCGAAAGGAAAAAAGACGGGAUUCAAGUCAGCUCCACUGGAUUGGAGCCGCACUACCGAGGCCGAUCCUCGGGAUCCCACGCCGGACCUCCUUGCCAUGGGGAACAUCGGCCAGCGGCGAUGUACAAGGGCAGCCCCUCCGGCUCGAAUCAGUACGGCCAAUGGGUGGCUUGCGAAACCUGCAAGCUUCGCCUCUCGUACACACCUCGAGCUGGAUGUCACGGACUGACGAGAUCUCCGGGGGCUCUUCCUUCGGAUGUGAAAGCGGCCACCGACGAGGAGCUGCCGGACCUCCACACCCUGAAGGACAAGGAGAUCGGCUGGGCAGCAGCGGAGAAGAGCGCGGAGGAAAACCUGCAGAGGAUUCGACAAACGAGGAUGGCUCAGCAGGCAUCUCAGCGCGGAGCGGCUCCGACAGGAAAAGGCUACCACAAGGGGGCGAAAGGAACUACACCGUCGACGUCUCCCCCGACCACAACGAAUGCUUCGGAGCCGAGCGCCUCUCCAACCUCGACCGACGGGUCCGCAGUGCUAAUCCACCGAGGAGGCAGCGGAGGAGUUCGAGUACUCACAACGAACUCAAGACCGGCAGUGAGUUAUGCACUCCUGGAGGACGAGAAGGAGAUUGAGGCCAAAGCGCAGGCGCUUGAGCGUGAUGGUAGCUUCACCAUCGAGGACAUCGAGAAUCUUCUGACUGGCCUCCGAUCGGCCAGGAUGACCUCUCGGAGAAGUUUUAUGGAAAAGAAGGUGCGGGACUCCUUCACGAUUGGAUUUGGGCUGUAUGCCCAUGGCUCGCAAGCUGGAGUGAUGAAUGCUACCUUCCAACUCCCAAACUUCUGCCGAUACCUGAAUCGCUGGAUGCAAGCGUGGGCUCCACCUGAUGCCAAGUGGACUACUCUGAGUCUCAUUGUCAACAUGGAGUCUAAACCCCAUCGCGACCUCCACAACCUCAAGCAGCAACCAAACUACUUGAUCACCUUUGGUGAGCAUGAACAAGGUGAACUUUGGCUUGAGCGAGGACCCGAUGAAGUUGCUCAUGGUGAAGUUCGACGGCGGCAGAAACCCACUGGUGCGCUUGCCGGUAGCCUCCAACCACGGCACCGAGUUGUUUCCUUCCUUUCUGAUCGGUGGCAUGCUACGAUGCCCUGGAAGGGAAACAAGAUAGCCCUGGCUGCCUACACGGCUCGCUCCUUCCGAGGAAUGGACCCACUUUUGCGGCAACAGCUAAACACCUUCGGCUUCCCAAUGUUGCCCUCCUCCACGUGCUUGACUACUUCCACCACAAGAACGGAGGAUGACAUGGAUGGGCCAAACCUCCCGGAGUCCCGGGACUUCCAGGAGAUUCUCUCCGAAAACUUUGCUGUUGAAGAGGAGAAUGAAAAGGAGAAUGAAAAGUUGUUUGCCCUUGAGGUGAACUGGACAAAUAGGGCCGUUCGGUUUGGUCCCUGGGCUUUGCUGAAGGAUGCGAUUUGGGAACGACUCAAGGACCUCUUCAAGCUCGGCACCUGGCUGCUGAACAGCCAGCAAGAUGGUUGGUAUGCUAUGUUCCUCUCGGACCUACACGUGAAGGUCUUGGAGAUGAUAUGA